GCUAAUGUAUACUUUGUAUACGUAUAUCGAGACGUAUAUAUUCACAAUUCGCCCAUCAUUGGCUGUAAUCAUCGCGUUUCCUUUCUCUCAAUUUAUGUAUUCCAUCAUCUAUGACUGAUUCUGUCAUGUCCAUGUCAGUUCCGUCAAACGUCACCUAUUUUCUAACCUCAAAAAGUUGUGGGCAAAAAUAGUCUAAAAUCUGUCCCAAGUGUGUUGCUUUGCUUAUUUUAGGUUCUAUAUACCAGUCUUACAAUUUUUGUACAACCCAAUAUUUGUUAUAUGACUGAGUAAUGUCCUUUCGAGUUAGAAGAAUUGGGGGACUAUCAGGUGCGCAGAUUGCUCUAGGAGUCUUUUUAGGCGUCGUUGGGGGCUACUACAUUUGGAAGCCAGUCUUCACCACAGAAGCUCCUAAAGAAAAAAGCACUGUCGAGGUGUCAUCUAAGUAAAAUGUCGCUACAUAAAACGCUGGUCUCUAAAUAUGCUGGAAAACCAAUUCUGCUUGCUGUGGUUGUAGUAGGAUUUAGUAUCAGUUUUUAUACAGGUUAUUUUCAACUGUACAAGCCAUGGGCAAAACGCAACCGCAUGAGGGAGAAUGAAGAAUAUGCCAGUUAUAUAUUUGAACAAGAACAAAGAAAAAAGCAAUAGAACUUCAUAAAUUGUAGAUAAGAUUUAUAAAAUAUUUUAAUAAAAAUGUGUAUAGCAUUGCAUUUAUGAAUAUAGUUCUGUAGACAUGUUCAAAUCAUGACUAUUGCCAAAAAAAGCUUUUACAAUUCUGAUUAGAGCUACCUGCCACAAAUACAAAGUGUAUCGAGUUUAAAGGGUUGGGUUAAAAAAAAUUGACUUGCAGAUUAUUUUCUAUUGCAACUGAUCACUAUGGUUCCCUUUAGCUAUGCAUUAAAAUUUAUUGAAUGCACAGAAAAACCACAAAAAGUAUUUUUCGAGGAAAUCUCGCAUAAUUGGCAACAUCGCUAGUAGAAGUGGGAGAAAUUAUUUUAAACACCAAUAAAAUGUACCGCCAUAUUCUAGGUACCUACUAAUACAAGGGUGUAAGGUGUAAGGAAUAAUUUCUUGGUUGAAUGCUGUUCAUAAGUGUAGUGGUUUACCAGAAUAUUAUUGAAAACUUCAUUUGCGACGUCUCACGGACGUGUUAGCUUUCUUAUCUAAUAAUUUAUUCUUACUAAGCUGAUCAUGCUCACUUUUAAGAAUUUAUUGAUAGGUCGAUGGCACCAUAUGACGACACAAAACAUACACUGUGCGGCUACACAUCAUAUCUCUGUUCUGUGAAAAUAAUUUUAGAUCCCUAUAUGUUCUGUGAUUUUAGAUAGGUUAUAGUUUAGUAAUUGUCAAAACUCCAAACAUUGUUAAAAAAUGUGAUAAAAUAUAAAAUGCAAUAAUUAUCAUCAUAUUGCAUCAAUCAUGACUGACCUCGGUGACCUUAUUGAAGAUAAACAUUCUGGUACUAGUAACUUAUCCUCCAACGAUGGUAGCGAUGUUUGUCCUCCCAGUUUAUUAGCCAAACAAUUAGAAUUAGCUUUAAAUAAGGUAACGAAAAGCAAAAUAUUUGCAUAGCAAGAUUACCAAAGUAUAUGUUCUUAGGAAGCAACUGAAGAGGAACUGAUAGAAGCCAUAAAUUACUGCAAGGAACUAGUUCUAGAUAGUGACCAACUUUCUAUUGAACGGAAAUGGUUGGUUAGGCAUUUAAUAGAACUCAGACUACAAUACCAAGAAUAUAGAGAUGCUAUGAAUGACUCGGAGCACCCUCGAAACAAAAUACAUAGUGCUUCCAAAAGAUCUAUAAAAGGACAUCAUUUAGUUUUGCAGCCUAUGCUGCAUAGUCCCAUUUCAGGGUAUUGUGAUCACUGUACUGGAGCUAUAUGGAGUGUGGUUCAGACAUGGUAUGAGUGUCAAGACUGUGGUUAUUCUUGCCACUACAAGUGCUUAUCAUCAGUUGUAAGAGAAUGUGCUCAUGUAGUAGCAACUGAAAGAGGCACUUAUGAAUUUGAUAUAUGCCCUGAAGAAGGCCUAUCGACUCAACAAUAUCAUUGUGCUGAAUGCAAUGCAGCCCUCCCACUUAGUAAGUAGCAUUCAUUCCUACUUCCAUACUGAGUUUAUAAAGGAGAGGUAUUUAUGUUCCAUUUCCAUGCCAUAAUGGCUAAACCAACUUGAAUGAAUUUUAGCAUAUAGAUUAGACUUCAGACAUUGACAUAGGCUACUGUUUGAUAUGAAAAUACAACUUGAAUUGGUUGAAAUAUUGUGUGAAAGUUACUAUGGAGAAAUUAUUAUUACUUAAGAUUUAGAAAUACAUACAGGAGUUUUGUAUAUUCGGUUCUUUGAUAUAAUGUGAAUUGGCACUCAAAGAAAUUUUGGACAUUGCACCCCUCAGGCAUGAAGUGGGAUUAAUACCUUUGAUGCUGAAGUACCUAGAAUAUUUCACAUUUCCUACAAGUAGGAGUAUGUUUUAUCUAAAGUAAAAAAUAUUGAUAAUGCAUUCCAGAAAUUAUAUCCUUAAGAUGGGGUAGGAAUAGGUUGAAUAUUCCUUUGGGGAACCCUAUCACUUUUAAAGUUAAUCUUAUAGAAAUUUAUCUCAAAACUAUUUGACCCUUGAACACAAAAUUUAGCAGCAAGAUACUUUAUGGACAGGACAUGUCAACUCAAAACAGAUUUUGCAACAGGGCUGGAUUAACAAAGGUGUUAAUCUCAAAAACUAUUUGGCUUAUGAUUAGAAAAUUUGGCAGGAAGGUAGUUCAUAGAAGGACACCUCAGUUAAGAAAGGAUUUUGUGACAGGGAUGGAUUAAAGGGAGAUACAGGCAUUUACAAGUUUGUAUGAGUCCUGGAGAUAAUUUGGUAAGGAGGUAGUUUAUAGGCAGUAUAUUCAGUUAAAUAUGGGUUUUAAGACAGGACCGUAUUAUGGGGUUAAAAAGUACUUGCGAGUUUGUUGGAAAAUCCUGUUAGAUAGCUAAAAUUGGCAAUACUCUAAAGAUAGAGUAGACUUAAACUGGACUGGGUUUUGUGACAUGGGCAAGAAGGGGUUAGUAGAUGUCACAAUUUUGGUAUAUAUUUACCUUUUCUAACUAGAGAGCUAGGCAGAGAUUUAUGUUCUUAAUGUAAAAUUGCUAAUCUAGCGUGUUAAUUUCAAAAUUUCAGUUACUUUAAUAACCUUACACAUACAAGUUUUUGGGCAACAGCUAGUAAUGCAUAAAUGUAGACAAUCUCACUACUAUUGUACAAUUCAAGUAUCACAUACAAGAUGUCGACGUCAAGCCGGAAAAGGGAUAAGACAAGUUAUCAAAUAUAAAAAAAAUCAAAGUCAUGUACUUUUCAAAUAGGAAAAGUCUACACCCUGUGAUGGUCUUUUAGUUCCCAUUUCUACAAAUGUACAAAUUACAAUUUUUUCUUAGAUGGUGAGACGGACAAUGUCAUUCUAUGUAGUGACAGCAAGACGGAUAGUAACGCCAAUUCUAUUAAUUCGUGAAUGUAUUUAUGAAAUACCUUCCUUCAGCAGCAAGGCUAGCUUGAAUCUGCUUAAAAAUGAUUGGCACGGCUAUUAUGUAAAAAACCUAUAAAAUGUCAUCUGACAGACUAAGUAGUUUUUAGGAUGCAUACAGUCAUUCCAUGUUUGCUCACCAGGAUCGUUGUGAGCGUUCAUCUGUGGAGGAAUGGCUCAACUACACGCAUACUUGGUUGCAUAUGUUUUUGAAGCCAAGUAGUUGUAGUUUUCAUCUCUGAGAAGAAAGUUGGUUGAAUAGCAAGAUCGCAUCUGGAUGAUUAUGUGUAUAAAAUCAGUGAUAUUUGCUGUGUGAGAAGCUCAAUACUGAAUAUGCUGCCAAUGAAGUAUAUCUAUUAGCUGUGCCUGAUGGGUUAUUUAUAUGUUGUGCUUUCUAAAGACAGGUUAUAUACAAAGUUAUAAAUUACGAAUUCUUACGUUUUUUUUUGUGUUUUCAAAAACUUUGAGGAUAAUAACGGGUAGCAUGUAUAUGACUUGUAAUUCGACAGUGCACAGUGAAUAUAAUUAUUUCUUAUCUCUCUCAUUUUUGAAAUUCAGCAAAUUUGCAUAUGUAAUUUCCAAAACGGAUAAGAAAAAGUGGAUGCGCAACUAAUUUCUAGCUUUGAAUCUCAAGUAAGUAUAUUUGAGACAGGAAUCCAAUGGAAUUAUCAUCAACACAUAUCAUUAGCACACAAAUCCUCACUAUGCACCUAUGCAUUGCCGUUUCCUUCUAGCUAUAGUAUACAACUUACAGCUUAGACCUCCAGUAAUGCCAUCUCUGAAGCAGAUGUUACAUCACAUUAGAGCCAAAAAUUGAAGCCUCAUGACGUUUAGGCAACACGUAAAACUACAGAACGAGUUCACGUGUCCAUCAGGUAGUGCUAAGUUAACAUCUUGUAGAAAAACUUGCAUAGUGUCACAAAAAACCAAUACAUUGUGUCAAAAAAAAAAUGUCACUUUUUAAGAUACGUAAUACCCGUGCGGUUCUGUCCAAUAUCUAAAUUUUCGAUUGGUUUUGAGUAAACUUUUUCUUGCACCGCUCCACAGUAAAAAAAUCAAGUGUAUUCAAGUCAGGUGAACGGGCUGGCCACGAAAUUGUAUCAGACCACCCUAUCCAUCUGCUAGAGUAUUCCGCAUCAAGAUAUUCAGCCGUCUUGCUGGUACAUGUCUCUGCGCAUGUCUUCCAAUUAAUUUGGUAAAUGAUUUUGCAAAAGUCUAAAUAAAUUUUGCCAUUCAAGAGCUCUGGCAACUCCCAUCUAGAAACCCGGUCCACAUGUUUAAAACAAUACUGUGACCUAUCUCGGUAUCAUUAAAUGUGGAUUUUCUACUUGCCACUCGUUGUGUAGAUUCAUGUACCUACUUUGUUUGACAAAAAUCAACUCUUGGAAGAUAAUCCCGGAGAUGUAGAGAUUGUAUUCGCUUCACGCGGUACGGGUGGAGCUCGUUCUUUUGGCCACUCCCAUGCUUGCUUCUAUUUGAGGUUCUGAAGCACUCGGGACUUCUUUAACUGCUUAUAGUACGACGUCCUGGUAUCGUCCCUCUGAGAGUAAACGGUGCACACUCACGAAAACUCUGUGAACGGGAUGACGACCAGCAUUUGAGUUCCUCUCACCAUAAAGCCUAGCUGCAGCACUAGCAUUACAUCUACAUACGUAAAUGAAGUGCAUGUUGGCAUAUUCCUCUACACAUGGUGACACGACACAAUCAUGACUUAGUAAAAGUGGUGUUGCUACCUGUCUUGGUGUCACUACAUUUGACUGACACUGUCACUACGUAGAAUGAUACUUUAACACAUCACAGGGUGCAGAUUUUUGUAUAUAUUUUCUGAUAACUAUUAUGAAUUGGUCUAUCCUCCCUUUCCGGCUUGACGUCGACUUCUGGAACACCAUGUAUAAAAAGAGAAUGUAAAUCAGUGUAAAUGGCAACACUGGUAGCUGGUUUGGUGCCUCCUGUCUAUCAACAUGUGUUUGUGAAGCGGAUGAUCAAGUCUUGCUGCUAAGUAAGCAUUAGCUAGCCAGGGUUACCACUUACACUUCUAUAAUGCUUGAGUCAUGUACUACUUAGUGAGGUAGUGGCAGCUAAAACUUAUUACUGUAAACCGUCAUUUUUUAUUUUUCCUGUAAUAUGUAUAUAACCAUAGUAUGAUGUUUAAAUCAGAAUUUGUCAGUAGUAACUUCUGUGCUGCCUCUAUAUACAGGGUGACUUUGAAGUUGAGUCAUUAAUUUUCAGAUAAUGAUUGUAGAAGGAAGAUAAACCAAAAUAUGUGU